ACUACCGACACACUAUCUGCUUGGAUAACCAAUAAAAAAUAACAUAUAUCUAACAGGAAAGAUAACUUCCGCCUCGAGUUAAGACCACGUGCUCUUUCUUAUCUCAUGCUGGUAUAACUAACUCGUUCCUGUUUUCAGAAUUGCAAAGAGAGAUGCAGAAUCGAUGUAGAAUAAUAGCGUCAACUGAUCUAUGCCAAUCGUGGUUUCCUUCGAUUUUGAUCAUACAAGAAUCAUACGUACACUUGUCAGCUUUCACUCUUGAAAAGGAAAAAAUCACUCUCUCGCCCACGAAAACUGGAGCGUACUGUGUGUCGAAGGCUGCAUGUAGUACAAUGGUCGAUCCUGUGUCUCGACGACUCGAUGAUGAAAAUCUCAAUAAACAACAACAAGUAUCGCUACGCGUCUGCCUGUCGAGUUUGACGUCUCUCGCGCGCCCUCGCGCGCGCAUGCGUCUCUGCGCCCUUUUCAAAACACUUAACUCCCAAACGAUUCACCGACCAAUCGGAGGCCCGCGCAACUCGCUUGUACACUUGCUGCACUUCCUGAAACUGUCAAGAAGACGCGAGAGCGAGGAGUGACGCGAACGAGAUAUCUAUAUAGAAAAGAAAAGAGGAAGGACGCAGUUGCGGUUGGUUGCGAAGCGGCUGGUUACGAGCGUAUGUAAACUCAACCGUGACGAGGCAAGCUUUCAUCCACCGAAAUUACUCGUGUUCGUACUUUCUUACUGUGAUCCGUGCGAUCGUGGGUGCAUUCGGCUGUGUAUACGUGAAAGGGAUCGUCGUUGUGUAGUUUGCGAUGCAAGUUUCGGUGGUGCUCAUACUAAAAAAAUUUUGGUAAGACUUCGAAGAAACUGACAGUCGUGACAACAUGGCCUUUGCAAGUCAACAGCUAGCAGCUAAUCCUUGUCUAGAUGCCAAUGUAUCACUUGGAGUAGACCAAGCAUGUUUCAGCAUCAUAAAUAAAUACAACAUAUCUAUCACAUUGUUUUCCUAUUUGACAGAAUGUUACUUGUGCAACGGAGUACCAAGAGCGGUCUUACCAGCAAACACGAAUACUACAUUGGUUAUACCUACAAAAUAUCCUCUGCAUGUGUUUUAUAAAAAUAGAUAUGAGAUUUGUCACACCACGUACAAUUUUAAAGAACAUGGAAGUUACGGAUGGAAUAUUUCCCAGGAAGAUCUAUGCUCGCAUAUUUACAUGAUUCACGAACCAAUAAACAGUUAUCUCCCAAUAUUUGUAGCUUUUAUGGUGUUUGCUCUCUUGUGGAUCUUAUUUGCAACAUGCAAAGUGAUUGUACGUGUAAUAAAAGGAAAAUUGUCGCCCGACAGCGUGCACGAUGACUUGGACAGACUCCAAGAAGCGGAGACGUCGAACCCGGUGAUCAGAACAAGCAGAGUUAGUACCAGAAUCCGCUCAGUCGACACAUUCCGAGGGAUCGCUAUAUUACUGAUGAUAUUCGUUAACAACGGCGGUGGCCAGUAUGUGUUCUUCAAUCACAGCGUUUGGAACGGCCUGACCGUGGCGGACCUGAUGCUACCCUGGUUUGCAUGGAUCAUGGGAUUGUCAAUUACCAUAUCGAAACGGUCGGAACUUCGCGUAUCGAAUUCACGCGGCAAGAUUAUCUUACGUUGCUUGCAGCGCGCAUUUAUCCUCAUACUUCUGGGACUGAUGUUGAAUUCGAUUUACACGAAGUCGUUGAAGGACCUCCGGUUUCCGGGUGUUCUUCAAUUGCUGGCUGUUUCGUACUUCGUAUGCGCUACCGUCGAGACUAUAUUCAUGAAGGCGCACUCUCAGGACGACUUGUUGCAGUUCGGUCGAUUCACAGUAUUGCGAGACAUUCUGGACAGUUGGGCGCAAUGGGUCAUUAUCUUAGCGAUCGCGACGACGCAUACUCUGAUCACUUUUCUCAUGCCUGUACCGGAUUGUCCGAAAGGAUACUUAGGGCCAGGCGGUUACCACAAUUUCGGAAAGAAUGUUAACUGUACUGGAGGUGCAGCUGGUUACAUAGACAGACUCGUUUUCGGUAGUCACAUGUAUCAUCACACAAACAAUCCUGUGUAUGGUACCAUUUUACCUCAUGAUCCUGAAGGAAUAAUGAAUACCAUAUCUAUAAUAUUAGUUGUGUACAUGGGAGUGCACGCUGGGAAAAUCUUGCUGCUCUAUUACCAGUGCAAUGCAAGAGUAGUCCGUUGGCUGCUAUGGUCAGGUCUCACGGGUCUUAUCGCUGGAAUACUGUGUCAUUUUGACAAAGAAUCUGGAGUGAUACCGGUCAGCAAGAAAAUGAUGUCGCUUUCGUUUGUUCUCACUGUUUCCUGUUUUGCGUUUUUAUUAUAUGCGAUUUUACAUUUCUUCGUUGAUUACAAACAAUACUGGAGUGGAGCUCCAUUUAUUUAUGCAGGUUUAAAUCCAAUCACACUUUAUAUUGGUCAUACCAUUACCAAGGGCUUAUUCCCAUGGGCAUGGAAAUUGGCUCAUGCUACACAUUGGUCGCUACUCGCUAUGAACCUGUGGACUACAAUUUUAUGGGGUGUUAUUGCAUAUUGGCUUUAUCUGAAGGACGUUAUCAUAUCCAUUUAAAGUUAUUCUCGAAGUAGCACUGUUAUAUAUUGACAGGUAUUGUUGUAUAAUUAUAUUCCAGCGUGGAAUUAAAGAAAUCAUUGCAUAUUGUGAUAUUGCGUAAACAUAUGCUUAUAAAGCUAAAAGAAACGUUAACUUCGGAAGCAGAUAUCUCCGAGCCUUUGCGAUGGGAGAAAUAACGAAACUAAAUGAGAAGUGUAGCUCUAUGGCACGCAAUUUGUGUAAAUGUUCCUUGACGAAUUUUGUAAAAUUAUACAAGUUGCAAUUCAUUUUAAUCAUCACCAUGUACUAAUUUUCUAAAUAAUCAAUACGUUUUGUAAAACUCA